GUCUCGGGGAAAUUUCAUGGAUGUCUUCGUCAACGCUCAUGCGAUCAGGUUGGCUUGACCUUGACCCAGAGCAUGGCCAACCCAGCACGGCAUCUAUGCCGCAGCAUAUUCCAGGUCACUCGACAGAUACCUGUGAAGCGGAAAUGUCAACAGCAAUGCCCCGUCCGGCACCGCACGGCUGCUCCGUUCCGACAGCUCUCGACGACAUGCUUGCGGCGAGCGGACGGACCUCCUGCUCGACAACCGGCACAAAACGCGGAAACUGAUCUCGACGAGAGCGAAGACACCGACCCAAGCGAAUACCUUACGCCCAGCACACCUAUUUCCGUCGCUGAUCUCGAUCGCCAAGAGCGCGCAGAUUACGAGGUGCUCACGAAACCCCAGCAAGAGGAAUACCUGGCGCUGCAGAACCACUAUGCCGCCAUGUUCGAAUCUAUCGACGCCGACCCUGCGAUGGACGAUAUCGCCAUGCAAGUUGAUCGCCAGGUCGACAGCGAGGUCGAGCCGCUUGAUUUCCCGGAAGACCAAUUGCCCCGUCGGGACAUGAAUUUCUGGGCGGUGGACGAAGACGACGAGUUCGGACAAGUGGAAGAGGAGGCACCGUGGGACGACUCGGCCAUUACGUCCGUUGCACACAGUGAGCUCGAAGUACAUCGCGAGGUCAGGGAGUAUACCAGAGUGAUUGCAUGGGACAUGCCGCUUCUCAAUCAGUUCGCAAAACCGUUCCAACCCCCAACAGAAGCCACGCCGCUCCGUUUUCGAUACACGACGUAUAUGGGCGAAGUGCAUCCGGCGGCGAAAAAGGUGGUAGUACAAUUUUGUACGAAAGAUUUGCCCAAUCUGACUGAAGCGCAACGGAUGAAACUGAUCAAACUCGUUGGACCCCGGUACAAUCCUGACACGGAUAUGGUCAAAAUGUCGUGCGAGAAAUUCGAAGCUGCUGCUCAGAAUAAACGGUACCUAGGCGAUCUCGUGAACAAGUUGGUUGAUGAGGCGAGGGUUGGUGCGGAUAAAUUCGAAGACAUCCCAGUUGACUUGCGACACCACAAAUCGAAGAAGAGGGCCGAGUUUCCGGAAGAAUGGAAGAUGAAGCCUGCACGAGUUCAGCAAUUACUGUCAGCAAGGCAGUCCCAAAGACUUCUGCAGGCAAACGAGAUACCGGUCGUCGAUGGGGCGGAGACAGUCAAAAGCUAUGUACGAGCCAUCAGUGGGAAUCGAGGGGGCCGUGAGCAGAGGACAUUGUAAAAACAUUCCAUUCUAGAUUCUGGGUAUCAUAAAGAAAACGCCAUGCUGGUCGUUACGACGCUUCUCA